CAAAGGUGACAUCUGGAUACAUUGAAUGUGGAUAGGAAGAAGUACACUGGAAAGAGCAAAAUGUGUGUUUCUUCAGAAUGAUAGGUUUGCCAUGGGAGCAGCAAGGAGCACAUCUGCUGUUGACACAUCAGGAGAGAACACAGACAGCAUGGACGUGGACAGUCUGCGCGCCGACCUAGAGAAGGUCGGCCAGGAGCACGUGCUUCGGUUCUGGUCGGACCUGGAGCCGCAGCGGCAGCGCAAGCUCUACAAUGACCUCAGAGGCAUCGACCUGCCGGAGGUGAACGCGUUCUACCGGAGCACGCUGGAGGAGGCCGAGGACCAGGAGAAGCUGGACGACCGGCUGAAGCCGGUGCCGGCCGACGUGUUCGGCUCGGUGGUGCGCUCCUCUCCCGAGGAGCUGCAGCGCUACAACGACGUCGGGCUGGAGGCGGUCUCGCGCGGUGAGGUGGGCGUGCUGCUGCUGGCCGGCGGUCAGGGCACGCGCCUCGGCGUCAGCUACCCCAAGGGCAUGUACGACGUGGGCCUGCCGUCGCGCAAGACGCUGUACCAGCUGCAGUCGGAGCGCGUGCGUCGGCUGCAGCGGCUGGCCGCCGAGCGGACGGGUCGCGCCGGCGGCCGCAUCACGUGGUACGUGAUGACCAGCGAGUCCACCAAGGAGCCCACUGUGCGCUUCUUCGAGAAGAACGACUUCUUCGGCCUGGACAAGCAGGACCUGGUGUUCUUCGAGCAGGGCACGCUGCCGUGCUUCAGCUUCGACGGCAAGAUCAUCCUGGAGGCGCCCGACCGGGUGGCGCACGCGCCAGACGGCAACGGUGGCCUCUACCGCGCCCUGGAGCGGGAGAACAUGCUGCAGGAUAUGGCCGAGCGCGGCGUCCAGUACCUGCACGUCUACUGCGUGGACAACAUCCUGGUGAAGAUGGCCGACCCCGUGUUCAUGGGCUACUGCAUCUCGCGCGGGGCUGACUGCGGUGCCAAGGUGGUGGAGAAGGCGUUCCCGACGGAGGCGGUGGGCGUCGUCUGCCAGGUGGACGGCCACUACCAGGUGGUCGAGUACUCGGAGAUCACGCUCAAGACGGCCCAGAGGCGAAACCCCGACGGCCGCCUGACGUUCUCGGCCGGCUCCAUCUGCAACCACUUCUUCACGGCCGAUUUCCUGCGCUACGUUGUCAGGGAGCACGAGACUGAGCUGCUGCACCAUGUGGCCAAGAAGAAGAUUCCAUACGUGGACGAGGCGGGGCAGACCCAGAAGCCGGACCGGCCCAACGGCAUCAAGAUGGAGAAGUUCGUGUUCGACGUGUUCCAGUUCUCCAAGAACUUCGCCGUCUGGGAGGUGCUGCGCGAGGACGAGUUCUCGCCGCUGAAGAACGCCGACGGCGCCGAGAAGGACACGCCCACCACGGCCCGCCUGGCGCUCUGCUCGCUCCACCAGCGCUAUGUGCUCGCCUCAGGAGGGCAGUUCGUGGACGAGGAUGGCCAGCCCAUCCCACUCAUACCCGGCGUCGAGUCGACCAAACACUCCGAGGCCAACAACAACAAGGGCCAGCAGUCGUGGGUGAAGUGGGAGGACCCGGUCAUCUGCGAGAUCUCUCCGCUCGUGUCGUACGCGGGCGAGGCGCUCGAGCCGCUGGUGGCGGGGCGCCGCUUUAUGCCGCCGCUGCUGCUGAACGAGCCGGCCGAGCCGCUCGCCAACGGCCACUGAGAGGAGCGCCGCCGCGGCGCAGCAGCGGCCGACAGUACAAACCGCGCCCCGCGGCGGCCAAGGCCGCGUCGCCGCACGACGCUGAUUGGGCGGCCGAGCUCAUGCCGCGUCUUGAUUGGUGGGAUGCUGCGUCGGCCGGUUGCAUCGCGAUUGGUGGCUGCGGCGCCAACGCCGUCACAAUUGGUGGCUGCAGCGUCGGCGCCGGGAUGAUUGGUUGGUCGCGUCGCUGGCCGUGAUGUGAUUGGUCACCGCGGGGACGUAGGCAGCUGGAGCGGGCCAGCAGCAGGAGCGAGGCGGUCGUUAAAUGAUUUCAGCACCACACGGCGAAUGGGCUGCUGAAAAUGGGUCCAACUGCCUGCCUGAAGUCACUGCUGGCGCUGUUUUUGCCGCUGCGGUGCGUUGCACUGGUAUCGCA